CCGGCCCAUAUAUUCGGAUCUUCCAGGAGUUAGUGAAGCCAUAGUUUUUGACGAAAUACACUUUUUGUCUUUUGUUGCUGUGCAACGUCAUAGAUCUAACUCCGGAAGAAGAAGAUGAGUGACGAAACGGCGUCGUCUUUGUCUCCGGCGAAGAAGAAGCAGAAUCUGGGAUGGAUGGAGUGGAUGAGAGGCUGGAGCAGUGUUUUCGGGGAGAUUCUCUUCCAGAGGAUCACAGCUUCUCAUUUGGAGAACCCUCUUCCUCUUCCUCCCGUCAACGACCUCACUUGCGUUGUCACUGGUUCCACCAGCGGCAUUGGCCGCGAGACCGCUAGGCAGCUUGCAGAAGCUGGUGCUCAUGUUGUGAUGGCCGUAAGGAACACAAAGGCGGCUCAGGAGCUGAUACUGCAAUGGCAGAACGAAUGGUCUGGUAAAGGUCUCCCACUCAAUAUUGAGGCAAUGGAGAUUGAUCUUCUCUCACUGGAUUCUGUAGCAAGAUUUGCCGAGGCUUUGAACGCUCGGUUAGGACCUUUGCAUGUUCUGAUUAACAAUGCUGGGAUGUUUGCUAUGGGAGAGGCGCAAAAAUUCUCAGAAGAAGGAUAUGAGCAGCACAUGCAAGUGAAUCAUUUAGCUCCAGCGCUGCUUUCUGUACUUCUUUUGCCGUCUCUGAUCCGAGGCUCUCCUAGCCGAAUCAUUAAUGUGAAUUCCGUUAUGCAUAGUGUCGGUUUUGUUGACCCGGAUGACAUGAAUGUUGUUUCUGGUAGACGUAAGUACUCAAGCCUUAUAGGAUACUCAAGCAGCAAGCUUGCCCAGAUUAUGUUUAGUAGCAUUCUUUUCAAAAAGCUGCCUCUGGAAACAGGAGUUAGCGUCGUAUGUCUAUCCCCUGGUGUUGUCCUAACAAAUGUUGCCAGGGAUCUAUCCAGGUUUCUUCAAGCUCUGUACGCUGUGAUACCAUAUUUCAUAUUUUCACCCCAAGAAGGUUGUAGAAGUUCUCUAUUCUCGGCCACAGACCCUCAGAUUCCAGAGUAUUGGGAAACACUAAAAAACGACGAUUGGCCUGUUUGCCCAUUUAUUUCUCAAGAUUGCCGCCCUGCAAAUCCUUCCGAAGAAGCACACAACACAGAAACUGCACAGAGAGUGUGGGAAAAGACGUUAGAGCUGGUGGGUCUUCCUCUCGAUGCAGUUGAAAAGCUCAUAGAAGGGGAAAAUAUCCAAUGCCGGUUGAGCUACCAUUCCAUGGCUUUACUUACAAGUCUUGUUCAAGUGUUUGGAAGAAUGGGUGAUUGGGCUCAACUUGCUCAGUCUGUGAUCCUGGGUUUGAUUUUCUCUUACCUUCUCGCUAAGCUGAUCUCGAUCGUCGUCACGUUUAAAGAAGACAAUCUCUCUCUUACUCGUCACACCGAGGACUCUCAAUUCGAGGUAAAACCAGAAGGGGUUGACUCGCGACGUCUCGAUUCUUCUAGCGGCGGCGGUGGUGGUGAGGCGGAUUCGCUUGUGGCGGAGCAGGGUAGCUCCAGAAGUGAUAGCGUCGUCGGUGACGACAGCGAGGAGGACGAUGAUUGGGAAGGCGUCGAGAGCACGGAACUCGAUGAGGCUUUUAGCGCCGCCACUCUUUUCGUAACUACCGCCGCCGCAGAUCGGCUUUCGCAGAAGGUACCUAGCGAUGUCCACCAGCAGCUUUACGGAUUGUAUAAGAUUGCUACGGAAGGACCGUGUACUGCUCCUCAGCCAUCAGCUCUCAAAAUGACUGCUCGUGCCAAGUGGCAAGCAUGGCAGAAACUGGGAGCUAUGCCCCCUGAAGAGGCGAUGGAGAAGUAUAUUGAGAUUGUCACUCAGCUAUACCCAACUUGGUUAGACGGUGGCGUGAAAGCCGGAAGUCGGGGUAGGGAUGAUGCAGCCUCCAACUCAAGAGGAACCAUGGGACCAGUUUUUAGCUCGUUGGUUUAUGAUGAGGAAUCCGAAAAUGAGUUGAAGAUUGAUGCCAUACACGGAUUUGCUAGAGAAGGAGAAGUCGACAAUUUGCUGAAAAGCAUUGAAAGCGGCAUUCCUGUAAAUGCAAGGGACAGUGAAGGUCGCACACCGUUGCACUGGGCUAUUGACCGUGGCCACCUCAACAUCGCCAAAGUUCUGGUCGAUAAGAACGCUGAUGUGAAUGCUAAGGACAACGAAGGCCAAACCCCUUUGCAUUACGCUGUUGUAUGCGACAGAGAAGCCAUCGCCGAGUUUCUGGUGAAACAGAAAGCAAACACAGCCGCUAAAGAUGAGGAUGGAAACUCCCCCCUCGAUCUCUGUGAAUCAGACUGGCCCUGGCUCCGAGAUUCUGCAAAGCAGACAGACUAAACAAAUACUAACCACGUCUUCUCUAAUCCCGCAAUGUAUAUGAUCAAAUGACUUAGUAAGAAGCUUUUCUUUACUUUAAACUUUCCAUAUCGUUCCAACACUAUAUCACUUGGAUGUUUCCAAGUCUUGUUCUUUAAUUUCUUUCUUCUUACAUUGCAACAAUCUUUUGUUCCUUCAGGCUUUAUGACAUAUAUCG